AUGGAGAUGGAGGCGGCUCCGGUGAGCGCGGUGACGGGGGCCCUCAAACCCGUCCUGGGGAAGCUGGCCACGCUGAUGGGCGACGAGUACAAGCGCCUCGAGAUGGCGCGCGGCGAGGAGAUCAAAUCCCUCGCCGACGAGCUCUCCGCCAUGGACGCGGCUCUGCUGGACAUGUCGGGGGAGGAGGACCCCGAUGCGCAGGACAAGGCGUGGAUGAACGAGGCGCGGGAGCUCUCCUACGAUAUGGAAGACUCCAUCGAUGACUUCAUGCGGACGAUCCAUGACGAGGAUGUGAAGCCGGACCACGGCCUCUUCAUGGAGAAGAUGAAGGAUUUGCUGGGGAAGAUGAAGGCCCGUCGUCAGACCGGCGAUGGUUUCAAGGAACGGAUCAACAGGGUGAGCAACAGAAAUGGAAGGUACGAGACCCGUGGGACAUUCUCCAACAACGCCCAUGCAACUGUUGACCCUGCAGCUAUUGCCAUGUUUGAGCUUUUGACGAAGCAAGAUGGACCCAAAGCUGAGGUGAUCAAGUUGCUCAUUCAAGAUGAGGCUGACUGUGAGCCGCUGCUGGCUGAAGUGGAGGGUGGACAUGAGUCAUUGCUGGCUGAAGAGGAGGGCGGAUGUGGCCCCCCGCGGGCUGAAGACAAGGACGGAUCUGAGUUGCCAUUGGUUGAAGAGGAGGAUGGAUGUGAGUCACCGCUCACUGAGAAGGACUUAUGCGAGUCUCUGCAGGUGGAAGUAGAAGAAGACGAGCGUGAGUCGCCCAAGGUGGAAGAGGAAGAAGAAGAGUGUGAGUCACCAAAGGUGGAAGAGGAGGAUGUAUGUGAGCCAGCGCCUGCUGAAGAAGACGAGUGUGAGUCGCCACAGGCAGAAGGGGAGGCCCCAUGUGAGUUGAGAACACGAAAACAACCCAAGCUGGUCGCCAUUGCUGGAGCUGGAGGAACAGCUCUUGCGAACCGAGUGUAUGAAGAGCUCAGAGUAAAAGAUUUUGACUACUGGCCUUUUAUAUCACUGUCACCAAAUCCAGACAUGACAAGUACCCUGACAGCUCUUCUCCUUGAACUUACCGGUGAAUUAAAAAAAGAAGCAAGCGUGCAACAACUGAUUACCGAUAUCAACGAAUUGCUACUAGACAAAAGAUACUUAAUUGUCAUUGACGGUAUAUGCCAGAAAGAAACAUGGGAUGUCAUUAAGCAUGCAUUCCCCAUGACAAGCUGUGGCAUAAUAAUCACCACUAGCCCGUGUGAAGAUAUCACUGAAUUAUGCCGGUCAUGGUUCAAUGGGCAUAUUUACCAUAUAAGACCUCUUGGUAUGGUACAUUCAAGACCGCUAUUUCACCAAAGAUUAUUCAACUCUGAUGACGACUGCCAUCCACACCUUGAAGAAGUUUCUGAUAAAAUAUUGGAAAAAUGUGAUGACUUACCUUUGGCAAUCUUAGCUACAUCUGGUUUGUUGGCUAACACACAAAGAACAGAGCAUCUAUGGAAUCACAUGGCAGAUUCAAUUGGGUGUGCACUUGAAACAAGUCAUACCAUCGAAAGGAUGAUGAAGAUUUUGUCACUUUGUUAUUUUGAUCUUCAUCCUCGCCUCAAAACUUGUCUCUUGUACCUCAGUAUGUUCCCAAAAGGGUCAACCAUUAAGAUGAAGGACCUGAUAUGGAGAUGGACUGCUGAAGGAUUCUUUCAUGGAGAACAAAAAAAUGCAGCACAUGAGUUAGGAGAGAGGUGUUUUAAUGAGCUCCUGAAUAGGAGUUUGAUCCAGCCUGUGAAGAUAGACCAGUAUGGUAAGGUUAAAAGCUGUCAAGUUCAUGACACAGUUAUGGACUUCAUCAUAUCCAAGUCUGUCGAAGAUAACUUUGUUACUUUUGUUGGUAUUCCAUGUCCAACUAUUGAUCAGACACAAAGCAAAGUUCGUCGAUUCUCCCUCCAAGCUACAGAAGGCUAUUCUUCUCCAGAUAUUAACUUGGUAUUGUCUCAUGCCCGAUCACUUAAAGUAUUUGGAUCACUGUGGACAAUCCCUUCUCUAGAUGAGUUCAAGCAUUUGCGUGUUGUGGACUUUGGAGGUUUCAGUGAUUGGGGAGACGACCAUCUUGCAAAUAUUGGGAGGUUAUUCCAGCUGAGGUACCUGAACCUCUCUUGGACAAGAGUAUGGGAGCUCCCAGAAGAAAUAGGACAUCUAUCUUGCUUAGAGAUGUUGGACCUAACAGCCACAGGGGUAUCCAAGUUACCAUCAUCUAUAGUUAAUCUAGAAAAUUUGGUUCAUCUAUUAAUCGGCGAGUUUGUUGAAUUUCCGGAAGGAGGAAUUGGGAAGAUGCAAGCACUAGAGACAUUGAAACAAGUCAGAGCCUUUAAGCAGCCAAUUCAAUUUCUUCAAGAUUUCGGCAAGCUACAGAAUCUGUGGAAGCUGAAUAUUGAUCUUACCAAUAAUCAAGAGGACACUGAAGAUACAAAGGAGUGCAUGAAAGCAAUUGCAUCUUCUCUCUAUGAACUAGGCACACACAAUCUUCGUUCUUUAACUAUCUGGAACUGUGAUUACAGCUUAUUGAUGGAAGAAUGGUGCCCGACUCCGGUUGGCCUCCAAAAACUUACGACCUGGCAGUCAACCUUUCCACGGGUUCCGGAUUGGAUGGGUUCCCUCGUCAACCUUCAGCAAUUACGGUUUGACCUGGAGAGAAUCAGCUAUGAAGAUCUCUGCAUCCUCGGAGGCUUACCUGCUCUGCUCACUCUGAGCCUAGUAGGAAAAGAAAUGUCUGAAGGGAAGCUUACUGUUAGUGGUGAAAUGGGAUUUCCAAUGUUGAGGGAUUUCACUUACGGCAUGUACCCUGGGUUAGGGAUAAAGAUGAUGUUUGAAGCAGGAUCCAUGCCCAAGCUAGAAAAGCUCAGGAUUGAUUUCACCCCAGCAACGAAUGGAUAUCUCUUCAGUACCGGUGGUCUAACUGGUAGUGGUCCUUAUGAUUUCGGAAUCGAGAACCUCCCCAGCACUCUCACGACCGUCGUAUGUGAAUGUAAGUCAUUUGAUGGAGAUUGCACUCUUGAAGCCACAAGGGCGGCCCUGGAGAGAGCAGUCAGCACACACCCCAGCUGCCCUGUUCUGGACUUCUCCAUCUACUAG